CACAAAUUUCUCGUAUAUCUAAUUCCACCGGCAUUUCUGAUCUGCAUGAACAUAUAAUAACCCGUCCUUUGAAGCUGCACUGAUGCAUCGAUCAUACACUUGAACAUGGCUCACUCCCCUUCCAUCUCCACCGCAUGGGCUCUCUGCAUCUUGUUCUGCGGAGCCUAUUUCGACACGACAAUCGACUUGGUGGCAGCAUCUGGGUCAUCAUCGUCAGCACUAGAACUCGAAGCCAAGACUCUGCGGGAUAGUGGAUGGUGGCCGAGUCAGAAUGCCAGUGAUUCCUCCAGUCCUUGCGAGUGGUAUGGGAUCAUUUGCAAUGCUGGUAGAAGCGUCAUAGGUAUCGACCUAGGCAGUGUCACUUUGGGAAGUAAGUUGAAACUCAACUUUUCUUACUUGCCAAAUUUAGUCUCUCUUGGUCUUAGCCAAACUAAUCUUCAGGGGAGCAUCCCAUCUGAGAUAGGUUUUUUAUCCGAACUCACCGUCCUUGAUCUCUCCUACAAUAAUCUUGUUGGUUUUAUCCCUCCCGAGAUAGGUCGGCUAUCGAAACUCACCAGCAUGUAUGUAACCUUCAAUGGUCUCAUUGGCAACUUCCCUCCUUCGCUGACAAACCUCACCGAAAUAGAAGUAUUGGAUGUUUCUUCAAAUCAUCUCACUGGUUUCAUACCCAACAGCUUCGGUAAAAUGAGCAAGCUCGUUGCAUUGGAUUUGAGCAAUAACGAUUUCACUGGACCAAUCCCCUCGUCUCUUGGUCUUUUACCCAAUAUCACCCAUUUGCUUCUCUCUGAAAACAACUUCAAUGGCUCCGUACCCAAAGAAUUUGGAAAUCUGAGCAAACUCAUUCAAUUAAAUAUGAAGGGAAACAGCUUCAUCGGACCAAUCCAUUCUUCUCUUCUGCUUUUAACCAAUCUCACCCAUUUGCUUAUCUCUGGAAACAACUUCAAUGGCUCCGUACCCAAAGAACUAGGAAAUCUGAGCAAACUCGUUCAAUUAGAUCUUAAGGGAAACAACUUCAUCGGACCAAUCCCUUCUUCUCUUCUGCUUUUAACCAAUCUCACCCAUUUGAUUCUCUCUGGAAACAACUUCAAUGGCUCCAUACCCAAGGAAAUAGGUCAUCUGAGCAAACUCAUUCAAUUAGAUCUGAAGGGAAACAACUUCAUCGGACCAAUCCCUUCUUCUCUUCCAUUUUUAACCAAUCUCACCUUUUUGGAUAUGUCUUCUAAUCAAUUCACUGGUUUUAUACCGUCAAAAAUAGGGCUUCUAAAGGGUCUGGUCGGUUUGGACCUGAGCGAUAACAUGCUUAUUGGUCAAAUCCCUUCAACUAUUGGCAAUUUAACUAAUUUGCAAACUCUGUUCCUUGGUAGGAAUCAAAUCAACGGUUCUAUUCCAGUACAAUUAGGGAGUUCGAAGAAGCUGACACAUCUGAAUCUAGAAGGUAAUAAUCUCACUGGUUCAAUUUCAGUUGAUCAAGCAAAUUUCCAAGUCUUGGAGCACUUACUAUUGAGCAACAACUCCUUAUCUGGAAACAUUCCCCAUCAAAUUGGUUAUAUACGUUCGAUAAAAUCCAUUGGCCUUAGUCAUAACUUUCUCAGCGGAGAAAUCCCUUUUGAAUUUUGGAGUUUACCCUAUUUAAAUUUCUUGGAUCUCAGUUACAAUAAUCUUACUGGAAAAAUUCCCGACGGGUAUCGGAGUCGUACCUCAUUCGCAUUAAUUGGGAACAAGAAUCUGUGUGGUAACUUCAAGGGUAUCCCUCCUUGCCUUGCAACCUCUCCGGCAAUUGUUUCGAGUGAAAAAUCAACCAGAAUAACAAUUUUUGUUUCCAUCCCCAUCUCCUUCCUUAUUCUCUUUGCUAUUGGGGUUUUACUCCUUCGUCGACGCAUGGUUAAGCAAACUAAACCAAGUUCGUUAGAAAGAAAGAAUGGGAACUUGUUCUCGGUAUGGAAUUACGAUGGACACAUUGCAUACGAAGACAUCCUUAAAGCAACCGAGAACUUUGACAUUAGAUAUUGUAUCGGAACCGGUGGUUAUGGUAGUGUUUACAAAGCCGAAUUACCUUGCGGUAAAGUGGUUGCAUUGAAGAAACUUCAUCAAUUAGAGGCUGAGAACACAACUUUUGAUAAGAGUUUUCAGAACGAGGUAAAGGUGUUGACUGAGAUCCGACAUCGAAACAUUAUAAAACUUCAUGGUUUUUGUUUACAUAAACAAUGCAUGUUUUUGGUCUAUGAGUAUAUGGAAAGGGGAAGCUUAUUUUGUAUACUAAGAGAUGAUACUGAGGCUCUGGAAUUGGAUUGGAAUAAGAGGGUGAACAUCAUCAAAUGCACAGCACAUGCCUUAUCUUACAUGCAUCAUGAAUGCAUACCAGCAAUUGUUCAUCGAGAUAUAUCAAGCAAUAAUAUCCUUUUGAACUCUAAAUUUGAAGCAUUUGUCUCUGACUUUGGUACUGCUAAACUUCUUCAUCUUGAUUCUUCCAAUCAAACGUUACUUGUCGGAACUUACGGUUACAUCGCCCCAGAACUGGCUUAUACCAUGGUGGUUACUGAAAAAUGCGAUGUUUAUAGCUUUGGAGUGGUGGCCUUGGAAAUAUUAAUGGGAAUACAUCCAGGAGAACUCUUGACUUUAUUAUCAUCGUCAUCAUCUCAAAAUGUUAUGUUACAUGAAAUAUUAGACCAACGGUUACCACCUCCAAAUCAUCGAGUUGCACAAGAUAUUUGCUUUGUUGCUACAAUAGCACUUGCAUGCGUACGCACCAAACCAGAAUCUCGGCCUACAAUGAAACGUGUGUCCCAAGAUUUUGUUUCCGGCAAUAAGCCUUUAGCUAAGCCCCUACAUGCAGUUUCACUCUUGCAUCUGAUUGAAGACAGUGAAACUCAAUCAUGAAAUGCUUGUUGUAAGGUUGAGUGUCUUGUUGUUCGAUGAACUUCCAUGUUGGUGCGCGUCAGUCUGUCUCUGUUUUUUAGUGUAUGUUAUGCAAUAUUCACAUAACACAAGUUUUGAGAAAUUAUGCAAUAUCAUCUGGUUCGCAUCUA